AUGGGAAGCGGGAACAUUAUCACUGUGGAUAUAUGGAGGAGGCCGUAUUUUGCCGUGGCAGCAUUGUUCAUAUCUCAGAUGCUACCCAACAUAUGCCAUGUUCAAGCAAAGCCGUUACACUCCAAAGCGAUGAUUAGUGACUGGAAUCAGCUCACUCCUUCACCCAACUUGACUUGGACCCCCUGCUUCGAGAAUUUCACCUGCAGCAGACUACAGGUUCCUCUCAACUACACGGACCCAUCCGCCGGCGGCCCGGGGCAAUCGGGAGUAAGCGAUAUUCUGGAAUCGGCUCCGGAGUAUCUGCAGAGAUUUGGGUCUGGAUAUACGUGGGUUGGCUUCGAUCCUCGCGGUGUCAAUAACAGUGGGCCAACUGUCGAUUGCUUCCCCCAGAACGAAACAUCCAGGUCGACAUUCGAGUCCCUGUUCUUUAGCCAGGUCACCGAUGCAUCCUCCACAUCCCUAGCGGAGCAAUACUACUCAGCGAGCUUAUACGGACAGUGGUGUUCCGAAUCCUUCCGACAUGGAAAUACCAGUGGACUUCACAUAAGUACACCGGCAGUAGCUCAGGAUAUGCUUAUGUUCGCAAAAGCUGAGCAGCGUUUCAAGGGGAAACCCGAGGAUGAAGCAAAAGUCUGGUAUUACGGUGCAAGUUACGGAACAGUUUUGGGAGUUACCUUUGCAGCGCUGUACCCUCAGAAUGCCGGUCGUAUCAUUCUCGACGGGGUUGUCGACGCUCAAGAUUACUAUGCGGGUCGAUGGAGGGCUAACCUCUACGACACCGAUGCGGUUUUCGCUUCGUUUCCCAAACUGUGCUACCAAGCUGGCCAGCGAAACUGCUCAUUCUGGGGCCCUUCGGAAAAGAACAUCACUGAUCGUAUGGACGAAAUCAUCUCCAACAUCAAGCAACAUCCACUGGCGGUCUCUGGUCUCCAGCAAGAUGGAUCCAGCAUGGGACUAACGACUUAUUCGGACCUCAAGCAAGGCAUGCUCUACGGAGUAUACUUCCCGACGCAGAACUUUCCUGUGUUGGCAGACAUCUUUGCCAGCGUGGAAGCAGGGGACGGCUCACUGAUCUCCGACAUCGACACGUCGUUGCUGUGGGGUCCAGAUGUGAAUGUCUUAAUCAAAUGCGUCGACGCAUACGGCAACAACAAUUUCACCUCUCUCGACGAAUACAAGGCCUAUGUAGAAAUUCUAACGAAUCAAAGCAAGUCCUUCGGGACGGCCUGGCCGAACAAUGCAGCCCCAAUACUAUGUGACUCCCUAGAUCUCAACAUACCACGCGGCGGCAGCUUUCCUGGUUUGUCAACGAUACCUCCAUCUUUUGUGGCAACUUCUGACCAAGUCGUUUUUCGCAAAGGGCCCCUGCCUCCUUCCAGCAACCACACAACUAUUCCGCUCCUGUUCCUUAGCAACUCUUUGGACCCAGUCAGUCCUAUCCGAGGUGCACACAAAAUGUCCAGCGGUUUUGCUGGCUCGGCAGUCCUGAUUCAAGGGGACGGUCUCGGACAUACGGUAUGGGCCAAUGGCGGUUCUACGUGUCUUUGGGAUCAUGUGCGGGAUUAUUUGGAGUCUGGCAAAGUGCCCCCUGCCAACACGACAUGCCAGGGUGCUCCUGUACCGUUUAGAGACAGCUAG